AACAGAAGUAAUAAUCACUCCCAUUGACGUCUCCUCUGCAUAUAUUCUCCCCUUCCAAAUCAUAUAAAAACCAUAUAACUCUUCAGAGUAUCUGCACAAAAAAAGCAGAUAAGAGAUUCCUCUAAAUAGCCCAAGUCUUCUUCCUUGCUUCCUCCUCCUCGUCUUCAUCCGCCAUGGCUUCAAGCUCCAGCAAAGAAGAAGACAUGGCCAUCGACUCCUCAAACCUCUCCAUCUGCGUUGAGAGAAAGCCGCCGGAGUCGCGCUUGGCUGAGCUCGGCAUCAAAUCAUGGCCGAAAUGGGGUUGUCCUCCUGGAAAAUUCCCGGUCAAGUAUGAUGCAAAGGAGACGUGUUAUCUUCUGAAGGGGAAAGUGAAGGCAUACAUCAAAGGAUCAUCAGAGUAUGUGGAGUUUGGAUCUGGAGAUCUGGUGUUCUUUCCCAAGGGAUUGAGUUGCACUUGGGAUGUCUCUGUUGCUGUCGACAAGCACUAUAAGUUUGAUUCUAAUUAGUGUUUUCUCCUCCUUUCUCCCUUCUUCUUCUUCUUCUUCUUCUUCUUCCUCUUCUUGAUUCAUGGCUGUAAUAUUUCUUCUGUUUGUAGUAAAAAUUGCUGCUUUAAAUUAUCUUUGAGGGGAUGAGGUUGGGGGAGUAGUAAAUGAUGGGGGAAAUUUUGGUUUGGAGAGUGCUUUCGGUAUGAUUUGUCAGUCAACAAUGAGGUAAUGGUCAAAAGGGAAGCUGUUCAAAAUAUCUUAUUUAAUGCUUUGAAAGCUCCCAUGAAUGCUACUUUUGACCAAUGGAUUUGUUUAUAAGGAGAAAAAAGGAAAAUGGUUAUUUGACAAUGU